AUGAUGUUCAAUACUUUCAAGUCGCUCGCCAUUGCGCUGGCGCUCGGCGCCAACAUGGCGUUGGCACGGGUUCCUGCAAACUCUACACAGAUUGCUUCCAACUCCCUUGUGAGCCGUCGUCUCACUGAGUAUCUCAUGCCUGUCGCUCUUGAGACUCACGAGUUUGCGCGUGUGCCAAACACAAACUUUGUGCUCUUGACCCAGAUGUCCGACAGCGAGCUUAUCAAGAUCGAGCUGGACUCAGUCACCGAAGAGCCCAUGGCUUACCACGCAUUCCCCAUGGGAAAGAACAGUAGCUCCCAGCUGCAUGGUGUGUGGCCCUCCACCAGAUAUCCCGGCAAGAUGUGGCUGUCCCUGCAGGGGGAGAACAAGCUGCUGCUCGUUGAUCCCGGCAAGAACCUCACAACUCCCCCCACCGUCCUCCGAACUAUCAACAUUCCCGCCCCAGGAAACGGUCCUCACUGUGUUUUCGAAAUCGGCAACCGCGUUUGGGCUGGUCUCAAGGUGGCUUCCCCGCAAACUGGCCAGUACUAUGUAUUCUCUGCCAAUGUCGCCAACUCAUCCGACCACACCCUGUACGAGUGCCUCAACAGCCCCGUCUUCAUCAAGGAAGAACCCACCUCCGGCCUGAUCUACGUCACCCAAGACACCGACUCCUCCAUCAUGCGCAUCAAUGUCACCAGCGGCGAGACAAAGCAGAUGCCUAUUCCACCCAGCGUGGGUAACAACGCUGUCGGAAUGAUCUCCGCCUACGGUGAUAUGAGUGGUGUGUGGUUCACUCUCGCUGGAAAUGCCACCGGCGGUACCGGUACCUUCGGCCAUAUCGGAGCCUCUGGUGAGAUGGAGUUCUUCACUCUUAAGCACCCGUUGCUCGGCGUCAACGCUGGUCUGCUCCAUAUCGCCGAUGCCUCGACCGUAGCCGACGGCCCAGCCUUGUGGCUCUUGUCCACCUCGCUACUCAGCACCAACUCCCCUGAUGCUCUGAUCCGCGUUACUUUCAACUCCUCUAAGUCCAUUGCUGGUGAGGAGUAUAUCUCUAUGCUCACUCAGAAUGCCAUGGUGCACCGCGUCUUGCCUCUCGAUUCUACGGUGCUGGUUUCUGAGCUCCAUACAUUCACACUGGCUCAACUCAAGUAUAACAACACUGUUGCUGGACAGUGGUUGCCAGCUGAGGCUGUGACUAACAACACUGUUUACACUGAGGCUGGUUGA